CUCUGGAGUAAAUCUCUCUCAAUCUCAUCAGUGUGUGAGGAGGACUAACUCACUACAGCGUGGACACACAGGCUGCACUUACAGGGUCUCCAAGGUUUAUUCCAUUCUUCACUGACGGAGAGAGAGAGAGACACAAGACUCAACUGUGAUUUCUAUCUGUUCCUCACAUAUGAGUGGAUACUUUGUGGAUGGAGAUCUUUGUUAUCGUGCUCCCUGAUGUCUCCUUUCCAACAACAAAGAAGUCAACGCAACCUUCACUUUAACCGGCAUCUCACAUUUUGAAGUGAAGCCAAACUCCUUAGUCUUACUGGCUGAACUGUGGAUGGAGAUUAUGAGAAACUCCCAGUCGCUACACCUGUUCAUGGUUCCCUUCGUGUUUUCUUUACUUUCACUCCUCCUCUGCCCUGCAUCUGCCAGCUCGGGGUCUGACUAUGACUACGGAGGCCACCCACGCUUUUUUUGCACCCCUAUUCCCGUGGAUGCAGACCCCGCAUGCUUCCCUACAGGGGGUCCGAGCGUAGGGAAGGCAGGGCCCGGUGGACCAGGUCAUCAAAGUGCACCUCCUGCUGGCUGGUGGGGGGCGAGCGAUGAGGCCAAAGCCACCAUCCUCCACCUCAGGGAGAGCCUUGUCCAGCAGAAAGAGACCAUCCUGGACCAGAGGGAGACCAUUAGGGAGCUGACGGCCAAGCUCACCCUGUGCGAGGGCCUCGGACGGGGUGCCACGCCGCACGACGAGCACCACGGCACGGCCUCGCAUCCCCAUCACUCGGCAGGGGUGGACGGUCAUCACACUUACACUGACAACGGGCACUAUGGCAACCAGCAGGGUCACCAUGGAGACCUCAUACCAGACUCACCGCACCACCCCUCCGUGGGGGGGCAACGAGCUGAUGGGGGCCACGGCAGCAACCACCAUGGGAAGGAUAAACAUGUGACACCAGGGGACAUCACAUCAUCGCCAGAGCAGACGGAGAGGAUGCUGCAGGCGCUGAAGGAGAGGCUGGACAACCUGCAGCAGAAGAGGAACACAUCCAUCACCUACUCCAGCUCUCUGCAGGAACUGCUUCAGAGGAAGAUCAGCGCUCUGGAGCAGCAGCUGCAUCAUCGAACCUCUGCCCUCAGCGGCCCGGACCACCACGAUGACCACCACGAUGACCACAGCAGACACAGAGACGACGGAGAACACCACGAUGACGAUCGUCACGAUGGCGAUCACCACGACGACGAUCACCACAAUGACAAUCACCACGAUGACGAUCACCACCACGACAGACACCCAAAUGACCACGACGACGACCACAACGAUGGCGGUCACAGCGGCCAUAGCGACCAUCACGAUGACAGCCACAAUGAUGACCAUCAUGAUGUGGACAGUGACCAUGACGACCACGAUGACAGGCACCAUGAUGAUGAUGAUGAUGAUGAUGAUCAUCAUCAUGACCACCACCGCCCGAGUAAUGAAGCAGACAGUCACCUUUCACACACAGGAUACAGAGAACCAGGGCCACAGACUGGUUACCACGCAAAUAAACUGGAAACAAUACUCAGCCAGCUGCACCUCGCAGGUUCCGGCAGGAGGAAGUCUAAGAGUCCCGAUGCCUUCCAGAUCAGCUUCCCCAUGAGGACCAACUACAUGUACGGGCGGCUGAAGAGCACGCUGAUGCAGGAGAUCUUCGCUCUGACUUUGUGUCUUUGGAUCAAGGCGGGUACAGGGCCCGGCCUGGGGACGCCCUUUUCUUACUCUGCACCCGGACAGUCCAAUGAACUGGUGCUCAUUGAGUGGGGGAACAACCCCAUGGAACUGCUGAUCGAUGACAAGGCUGUGACGCUCCCGCUGUCUCUGGCUGAUGAGAAGUGGCACCACAUCUGUGUAACUUGGUCAACGAGAGAUGGACAGUGGGAGGCUUACCAGGACGGAGUGCAGAGGGGGUCCGGGAUCAAUCUUUCCCCCUGGCAUCCUAUCAAACCUGGAGGGGUCUUCAUCAUGGGACAGGAACAGGACACCCUGGGAGGUCGUUUUGAUGCCACUCAGUCAUUUGUGGGGGAGAUAUCGGACGUGCACAUGUGGUCACACGUCCUGACCGCCAGUGACAUCUACACCCUGGCGUCCUGCGGCAGCCACCUCAGAGGAGAUGUGAUCGCUUGGUCCGAGACAGAGGUGGAGCUUCAUGGAGGCGUCGCCAAAUACCCCUUUGACCCCUGUCACUGAAAAGGCUGCAACACCAACGACGAAGAAGAAGAACUUGGAGAUAUCAUGCAAAACGUGCUGAGAACAUUUAUCACAGAUCGAAAGGUGCAAGAAUAAAAACAAAAGUCCCGUUGACUUUUAGUUAUUUAUCAGGAGGAUCACUCACCGGCACCAACCCAAUGCCUUCCUUUAAACUUCUUUAAAAAGAAAAAUAAAUCUAAUCUGUGUUUACAGGGACUUAGUGCUCUUGGGCCUUAUAGGUUUUGGCCUCUAAUGAUGAGCUAGUGUUUUAUUUUAAACAGAUAAGUGCUGUAUGUGACAUAUUGUCAUAUUGUUUAUAAUACUGUUAAGGUCUGUGAUUAAAUUAGCAGACUUUACAUGAGUUAUGUUGUGGUGAAGUGACAAACUGUGUGUUGUUAGUUUGAAUGAUACUCAUAGAAAUGUGUUGAGAAAUCCAUUUUUUAAUCUGGAUGCUCCUUUUUUAAAAAGGUGUCCACAAAUAUACAGCUAAUUUACCAAAGAAAAUGUAUUUGUGUUACACUUUGUAAUUUUUAAUAAUCUGUGUGUCAUAGAUAGACUGAUGUUUUCAUUUUGGGAGAAAUACUGAAAAGCCUGUCAGACUGAAUUAAUUAAGUGUUUUACAGCCUCGUUUCUUAAAAAAAAAACUUUUAUAUAUCGCUGACAUUUCUAACUUGUUUUCUCCCAUUAGAUUAAUCUGUUUGAAAUCAUGUAUUUUGUGUGAUCAAGUCAUUUCACUGUGGGUUUUUAAUUGAUUAAAUUAUCUGGCCUUGAUUGUAUAUUUGUUAACUCACUAAGUACACUAGGAGAAGUCAAUGAACAAGAUCCAAACUGACCAGGUUUAGGAAACGGUUUCAACUUGAUCCUGGAGCUAGCUAACUAUCUGCUAAACAUACAGAGACAAGAAGAUAAACGAGAGACUGGAGAGAAAAAACAGGAAGAACUGGAGUUUCUGGUGAUAAUUGAGCUCAGUCAGAGGCUGAGAUGAACACAAA